AUGCCGAAGACGGAAGUGUCGCGUCUCGGCGCAGACCGUACGUCUGGUCACCUCGCGGGUCAGGAGGGCCAGCGCCAUUUCUGGGCAAUGGUGGCGCCUGCCUUUUCCACUCCCGCAGUCUCUGCACCUGGCCACGAGAGGCAGCUGCUCCGCAACGCAGCUGUCGCUCCCGCGGCGAUGGCUAGAGAGCCUCUGGUGUCUAUUCCCGCAGAUGCGUACUCCGAGUUCGUCGGCGUAAACCUGCUUUCUCAGACAGACUGUCUUCUCGACUUGCAACCAGCAGCGCCCGCAAAAGCAGCAGCUUUCCAAAUGUUUUCUGCAGACCCCAGCGCUGCCGCGCUCGUCGAGGACCCUUUGCAUGCAGAGGCGGAGCCCAGGGGGCCGCGAGGACAUGCGGGACCGGUGCUCGGCUUCUCCCCGUCUCUCCACGCUCCACGAACUUCCACGGGCUUCCCUUCAGGACCGAAAGAUUCUUCUUGCAUUUCCAGUGAAGGAAGAAGAAUCCAGAGGGUGGGCUUGGACGGGGCGUCAGCGCAGACAUUCUCUCCCGAGAAAGGCCAUCAGGGGACUUCUUCGCAGAUCGUCUGUGCGGUCUCGAACCUGUCUUCUGACGCGAGUGCUCUCGCUGCUCAGACUGCAGACCGGACUUGGGAGAAGGGACAGCCAGACCUCUUUAGCAGCGGUGAUUCCAUCAACACGCUGCUACACCAGACGCGAGAGAUUCUGUCUUCUUUCGCACGCAGUGGGCAGCCUCCGCCGGCCUCGCCUGAGAGGCAGGAAGGCUCUGUCCCAAACCCUCGAAGCCACUUGAUUUCUCGCCGAGUCCACGGAAUCCCAGGAGGCAACAGUUCGUCUGAAGCCGAAGACGGAGAUGAUUCGCUCGAGAAGCAAACCACCUGCCAUUUGGGAGCCUUGACUCCAUCGGGCUUUCGAGCGAGCGACUCCAGCCGGCGCUCCCCACGGGGAACGGCCUUCCUCACCCCGGAGGGGCCGACGUCGCAGACUCCCCAGCGGUUCCCGAGUGUAUGUACACCCCAAAGGACCCUGAGUCUGAUGACUCCGCAGGCGAUCAUCGCGAUGGCGGAGCCUCUGGGCGAAGAGGACACCGAAGACGGUCUGUGGUUGCCGGAGCCUCUCGGCCCUUCCGCAUGGUCUACAGGAGGCGCAUGCAGUUUGCCGACCACGGCCCCGGAUGCGAGGCUCGUAGACCGAGGCGGGAUCCACCGCAGGAUGGAGGGAGACGAAGAACUGAAGAGGCGGUACGCAGAGCACAUGCAGCGGAUUGCCUCGAUUCCGACGGCGGGACCAGGGUCCCGAAACCUCUCGCCAGCUGCCUCGUACAUCGCCGCGGCUGCAGAAGCGAUUGCGGCAGACUUUCAGGACAACGAAGGCGUGGAUGCGAGCCCGGGGGGCGCUGAGGAAUGCAGCAUCCACGAACAGACGAAUGGGACAGACGCGGGCACAUCGGGGGACUUGAGGGGGGGGAGUCGCGAGUCAGUUUCUUCGUCCAAACGGCGUGGACUCUCAGGGCUGCCCCUCGUCGGUGGCAUUUCGACCUCCGGAACGAACGCUUUCUGGGAGGCUUCGGUUCAUACAUCCUGUCAGCUGCCUCGCGAAACCGAAGGCUUGGGAGAAAUGCGAGUCUCGAGUGGAAAGGACACCUGGAGCAAUGCUCCAAUCGGGGACCUCUGCGCCGCGCCUGCGCGCGAAGAUAGGAAAGAAAGCGGCUCGGGGAAAUCGUCCCCGGUCGAAACUCAUGCACGCAAGGCGUCGACGACAACCUCCCACAGAGCUCCGACAGCGGGGCGCCUCUCCGAGGUAUACUUGACUUCUGUCCUGCAGCCGACCGAAGUCCUGCUGGACCGAACCGCCGCCCUCAGCGCCGCGGUAGCCAAUCCCAAGGUGUAUGUACACCUGGCGAAGGCCUUCCACAACCAGAGCGCGCGGCGGGACUGGACGAGCGAUCCUGAGUUCGCCUACAGCUGCACGGACAGCAGCUGCAACGGAAGCGUUCCCUGUGAAAUUGCGUCUCCCUCCCUCGACCUCCUUCCCGUCUUCUUUGCGUCCUCCCGACACGCACCGGAGGCCCUCGCAAGCCUCGCCCCUGGCGUCGCCGCCGCCGCUGCUGUCCCGGCGGCCGAGGCAGACAGCAUUCUCCACUUCUGCUACCGCAUUUCUCUGGAGCCGAAGCGUCCCGCUUUCCAACAAAUCCGCUUGCCAUCUAGGGCGAACACCGCACUCUCGCAGGGACCGUGUCUCAAGUGUUGUCUCUCUGUCUCUCUCUUUCCCUCCCGCGGUGACCAGAGCGCGAACGGCGAACAGAGGCGGAAGGACUCGCCUGGGUUCUCGGCAAGAUGUAAAUGCAGGCAAAGAUCUUCGCUCGGUGGCGACCGGAGGGACGAGGCAGGAGUAGCUGUCUCCUCUACAGGCGCCGUCGAAGAGCACAUCGCUAGGUUUCUCCCCUUUCGGCCUUCGUUCUCUGCGUCGACAAAGCAUUCUGCUGUUUCUUCUCUUGGCAACAUUUCUAUGGCUCUCUCGUGUGCCCCACCCCUAGUGUUCGAUGGGCCGCCGGCCUUUUGGGGCUUUGAAGCUUCGCCGAGUUCCUCAGACCGUUCGAGGGAGAGUUCGGCCACUCUACAAAAUGCAUGCAGCGACUCCGAGGCCGCGGGGGUGAGCCCGGUCUCUGUCAUUCCCCCGCGUUUCAAUGAAACACUCGGAGAAGACGACGUGCCUGUCGAAUCAUCAUCGUCGUUUGCAGUUUCUGGGAAAACUUCCGCCUCGACUGUCCUUGAAGCGCCUGGAGCCACGAAGCGCCGGCGUGUCACCGCAUGCGACGACGUCGCUUCGUCUGCCGCUCGGACGUCGACAUCCGUUCAGAGCAUGCUCGCGCAAAUGUACAAUCAGUCUUUCUUCUCCUCGGACGCAUUCAGGAUCCCCGCCACGGUCUUUGGGUUCCGCCUCGCUCGCCACAUCGCCGCAGCAGCACGCGACGCGAGAAUUACAGUUUCAGGAACUCCGGACAAGCAGGCGUCACUCAAGGGAUGCACCAACAGCAAUGGCAGCGACGACGAUCACCUUCGGAGCACCUGCGCCCUGCUUGUGCUUCCCGAAGAGCGGUCCCCAGACCUGCCAGGCGUCCAGGCGGAGUCGGGGCUUUCUGGGAAGCUGGAGAACUCGACUUCGUCCUCAGGGACUUCGCCUACGUUUGUCGCCCCGGCUUCGCCUUGGGAGCGAUUCAUGUGCUGUCGAGAUCCACCCUCGCGCGUCUCCUUCGUCUCCUCGAAGGCGAAACUCCGACUCCUCCCUGCUUCGGGAUCGGUCUCCCGCGGAGGCUCAGCCACAGCCUCCACGAGUGUGUGGGGUCAGAAGGGAGACAGUGGGGCAGGGACGUCUCGUCCCGACGAGGGUGUGUGGGUCGUUCGCCAGGCGGGGACAGGCGUUCCGCUGGCUGUGCGCGCGGCUGUUGCAUGCGCGGAGUCGGCGCCCUGCAGAGAGGCGAUGCCAGACUCGGACGGUGCAGGCCUGUUGCGCGAAGACCCCGAAGGCGGAGGCACCCGUCGCCGACGCAUGUCCACUUCGUCGGCUCCAGGGACGCCCAACCGGAAGCUUCACUCGGGUCGCAGGCCGGUGUCUCCGGCGUGGAGAGGCUUCAGGGGCGCGAGUCGAGCUCUGACUCCUGACGCGGCUGUCUCUCACCAGAUGUUCUCCGGGGAGAGAGGAGGCAGCCGAGAGGGGACAGCGUGGAGACCUCGAGGUUGCGAGAACGGAGGAACGGGCGAGGCGAGCCGGCCUCGAAUGAUGGAGAGAUUCUUUCUGUUGGACGCCCACGAAACCGCCGCGGCUGAGCCAAUGCCCGCGCGCCUUCGCCGCGUCCGACAGAUGGCCUGUAGUUGGUUCCGCAACAAGAAACUCCAGCAGUUUCUCUAUCACUGGAGGCGCCAGUUGCCUCUCGGGGCCGACGCAACGCCAUCGGAGAGAGAAACGAACGCUCCAGCUCUCCCUUUUGUGCGAGCUUCUGCGUUCGAUGGCAGUUCAGGGGAAGGCUCCGAGACGGGAGCGCUGGGAGGCACAGGCACCGGACCGAGGCCGGAGCUGCAUGCGCCGAGUGUAGGGACUGCCGAGCGUGCCAGCGAAGGCGUGGAUCUCCCGCUUGCGAUUCUCCAAGAAGCCGAGGCGGAACGCGGACGUGUGAGCCAUCUGCAUGCGCUCGCGCAUGCUCUCGUCUCGAAGUUGGCGACGGUUGCGGAGCCUCUCCCGCUCCAGGCGACAUGCUGCGGAUGUCUUCUUCUCUCCGUUCUCAGGUCUUCUUCUCUCGCUGUCCGGUCAAGAGGACUCCGCUCGGAGGCCCAGAAAGCGACUGCAAACGGAGACGAAUACCUCGUCCAGGGAGAAGAAGUGAAGCAGGAAGAAGACACUUUGCUCUCUCCACAUAUGGACAAGGAAGCUGCCGGAAUUUCCUCCAGUACUUGUCUGGCUUGUUCGUUCCGACUUGGCCUGAGGUGGCGCGAGGACGCGUUUGCCUUUGAGUAUUUUGUCGCGAUCUGCCGCCGAGGCCUCACAGCUGAAGAGGCAGGCAGGGAAGAGGUUUCUGAGGAACAGGAAUCGGGAGUUCAUCAAACUGACGAACGUGAGGCAGAGAACCGCAGAUGUGAGGGUGGAGGGCGAUCUGGCGAAUCUCAGGAUGAGGUCGAUGCCACUGUUGAGGUCCACGGCGAGAGCAACGCUGGAAAAACGAAGGGCCUGCAGCGAGAGGGGAUGAGAAACAAGGCGGGAUUGAGCAGCACCGAAGGCGACGGGUGUGGAGUAGAGUUCAAACAUCAUGGCGGGGACGUUUUUUCAGAAACCAAAGACGGCGAAAGCGCCAAGGACGAAACUGCAAGCGUGCUUGUGUUGGUCCACGAUGUUAUCCAGCCGUGCGUAUUUGACUUCGUCUCGGUCCAAGUUGCAUUUCGAGCUGUUCUGUCUCGACUGCUCCCCUUCCUUACCUUUCGGGAAGAGUGCUGGGGGGCCUUCGCAGACGCUCCCGAGUUCCGACAGCUGUUGGCCUCGAUCGCUGAGCAGCGGGGUCUCUGCCCGGAGAAGUCCCGCCUCUCGGAAGGAGCACAACGCGCUUCAUCGUCGUCGGGAUCUGUUGGUCCAAGCGAGAUGUGGAAAAGCGGAGAUCACACAAAGGCCAGGUCUGCGGAGACGAUGGUGCAGGGAGAUCCUGAUCGAGACGACGGAGGGGAAGCGAAGCGGGAACUCGACGAGAUGUGUAGAGAGACGUCAGAGUCGCCGGUGUCUGAGUCUUUGAGUUUCCACGACGUCUGUCGCCACCUUCGCCGCGCGUCGGGAACGCCGUGUUCUCUCCUGGAGACCCUCGAAGCGUUCGUUCAGGAGACGAACGAAACGCAUGCACCGCGCGCGAAACCCCACGCAUGUUCUCAAGGGUCUGCCCGCGUCCUGCCCUCUGUCUGCCCGCCAUUCACUGUGGUGAAAUGCCGGCGCAGGCCUAUUGGGCUUGAAAGAGUUCUCCGGCAGCUCCUCUUUUCCUCUCAACCUUCCGCCAGCCCGCAAACGCGCGGCGCAAACUCUCGACUUCUGAGGAGAGGGGGAGGCGCCGCGGCCGCCUUCGACCGCCUCGGAGCUUCGGCGGUGGGGCGGCCUCUCGCCAGCGACGCUCCUGUUGACGCCAGCGGCUUCCAGCAAAAUAUUCAGAAACUGUUGGAGGCAGAGGCCUUCAGUGUGAACUGUGGGUAUUUCUCAGUCCCCUGGUCCUCGUCGCCGCCUUCCUCUCUGAAGGAGGAUCUCUUCUUCGCGGUUUUCUUCCCCACGCAGCAGGCGCUCUGUUGUCGCCGGCGGAUGCCCGCGAGCCCAGGAGGCCUCGCAAGCGAAGAGAUGGAGGAGGACCUGUUUUCGAGUGGCGAGGAGACAGCGGAUACACUUUCACCAGAGCGACGCGAGGCCUGCGCGCGCCGCACAGCGAAGGCCUGCAUGCGGGGCCUCUUGCAGAGACUCUGGCCCGGACGGUGGCCCUGGAGAGAGGAGGCCGGCGACGGUCUUCCUCUGAGCGUUGAGGAGGCGUGGGAAGCGGAGACAGGUAGCCAGUUGCUGGAGGAGAUCGAGCGCGACUCCCGAAGACCUCAAGGCACCGGGAUGCUGUCGUUUAAGCGCGGCCUCUCGACAGCGAGUGACGGAUUCGAGAAAAGACACUCGACGCUGGUCACGAAAGGAGAGUCGUUGAGGUCACCUUUGGUUUCUCAAGAUGGAGCCGACUCGAGGGAGAAGACGACGACGGCGGCAGGGAUGUCGAUGGAUUUGGGAGAACGAGGGGCGAAGCAUGUGGUAGGGGGGCAAGCAGCGACGUUCGAGGUUUUCGACGCCAAUAAACUUCGAGGCGAAUUCUUUCCGUUUCUCUCCGCAGAUGCCGACCUCUCGAAAGACGCAAACCCGCCAUCUGGAAACUCUCUCUUCUUCAACGGUCCAGGUGCUGCGCCGAAUGUCGACAGCCCCCCGGAGGACCUGCGCUGGCUCCUCCUCCCGACCGCAAGUGCCUCGCUUCGCACGAUACCUGCUGCCGUCUUGAACGGAUUUUCGGGUGCCCCUUCCUCGUCGGUGCCCGGAGAUCCUUCGGUCUCUAAACAGUUCGUCAACGACACCGACUCUUCCUCUGCUUCUGUUGCGUCCGCCGUGUCUCCUACCUUGAUCCCCGCGCCGGCCCCCGAGACAUCUCCCCCCAAGCUUGACGCACUCGCGGCGAGGGCAGAGACGGCGACAAGCGGACGCGCCACGGAGGCCGACAGAGCGGCUGGCUCUCCGCCCUCAAGCUUGACAACGCCUCCUCAGGCAGCGGGUCUGUCGGACCUGCCUGCGAAGGCCGACGACCAGUCGCCGACUGGGUCUCGACAUUCGUUGCCGCGAACGGCCGCAGGGACAUGCUGCGACUCUACGGUGACGGGCAGCUCGAGGCAGCCGGGCUCUUCGGCUGAAGACGAGUCCUCAGGCGCUGAAAGUGUCUCCGCGGCGGCGGGGCCCUCCUGGGGGACGGUGGAGCAUGACUCACCCUUCCAGGCGAAGGCGGGGGACGGUGAGGACGCCCAGCUGAAGGUCCGCGCUGGCGACGGGUCAAGAGAAACAGGGCGCCCUGGAGGCGACGUGGGCUCUGAGGUAGUGAAACGCCGUUUGUGGGCGACAGACGCAGAAGUCACGGAUCUCCGUGACGGCCUAGACUUCCGGCUUGACUGGGCUUCAGACUGCGACUACGGAAACGGGGGAAGCUCGGAGAGUGACGCCGACUCUCCGGAAGAAGGUGGGGAGCACGUGCAUGCGGCCUUCGUGGCGGGACAAGCCGUUUCGCGGAGGUCGAAGCAGACCUUGCUCACUUUCGAGGAACCGGUAUCUGAGGCGGAGAUCUUUGGCGUCGCUCAAGGGGCGCCAGUGGUGCCUAGCGAGGAAGAGAAACCCAGCGAGACCGUACGAGGACCGUCUCGAGACGGAGAAGGGGGACGGAUACCAAGGGCGGAAGUCGCCUCUGUGCUGCGCGAAAUCUGCUCUCUCCGCUCGCCUCCGGCUCUCCGGGACCUCCUGCGCCUGUCGGCCCCCCCCCUGGGAGCUUCUGGAGCGAUCGGCGACGGCGCCGUCUCCCCGGGCGCCUACGUCUCGGGCGGUCACACGCUGCGCCCUCGCCGGGGCUCCGAUGUCUCCGUGGCUGCCGCCGAGCAACUAACCGGGAAGGCCCCUCAUGGGGGGACCCCCGGCGAAACCCGGAGGGGACUGUCUGUGUCGAUGGAGGACCAUCGUCAGGGCGACGCGGGCCAUGCGAGCCGCGAGGAGCCACUGCGAGGCGGGGGCCGCGAGACCGAGGUGUCUGUUCAGAAGCGCCCGCGCACAGUGCCUGUGCCUCAGGACGCCAGGCCUGGUGCCUCUCGCGGUGGCCUAUCCCUUCCUGCGGCCUUCCUCUCGUCCUCAGCAGUGCAUGCAAACCCCAGUGGGUACUCGCCGUCGAGUCGAGGCACUCCUCCGCCCGCCGCGGAGGUCUCCUCCCCUUUCAUCCACUCCCCGAACUCCUCUGGAACGCCGUGGAGCAAACCCCAGACCUACGGCUCGCUUGUGUCUUCGCCGCACCGGCGUCUCGCCCAUUUUCUUGGCUCUGCGAGCCUUGGUCCAGGAGCGCCAGGUUCUCCAGCAUACGCUGGGCCGCUGGCGGAAGGGCGCGAAGCAGCAGCGGGGCCCUGGGGGUCUCCGCCCAUCCCCGGACGGACGGAGGCGGCUCCUGCAAGCGUGGGAAAGACCGACGCGGAAGCGCCUGGAAAUGCUGCGCGUUCGAUUGCGGCCGUCAUGUCUGUGCUGGCGCAGCACGUGAAGCAGAGGCCUCGUCAGGCCAGAGGAGGGUCUGCCGCGACCUCGGGGGAUGUUCCGCGAGGGGGCGAAGGGCGACGUAUGGACUUGGCGGCGAUUCUGCGGACCCAACAGGCUGACUCCGGAGGUGGCGUCGGGGGUCAUAGGUCCCCGGUGGGAGCUGCAAUGGAAUCCGCUUCCGCGGCGCUUCUUGGGGCUUUAGCAGAGCAGGCCCUGCAGGCGACUCCGCCGCGAAGCCCAGAUCGUGCAGCGCCUCUGACCGCUGCCGAGGUUUUGGAGGCGGCCGCCAGGCGCGCGUGGGAUGGAACCGGGGACCGGGAGGAGGGGCGUGGAGGUCGCGGGGGGCCUACUGCGGGUUCAGCGGUAUUCGGUGAAGAGGCCGAUGCCUGGGGCGCUUCAGGCGCCUUGGGCUCCAGAGGAAAUCCGUGGGACUUGCUGACCAGGUGCUCCCCGGAGACGCGCCAGAAUCUGUCUCUUCUUUUGGCUGCAGCGGAGACGGAGCGAGGACAAAGAAGCCUUGACGGGCGAGAAGGGGGACACACGAGCAUGUCGCCAGGCGAGCAGCAGCGCCUCCUGGCGGCGACUGCGGCCCUGCGCCUUGCGGCUCUGGAGGCCGCGAGUCGACGCCGCCAGGAAACGGAACCCCGCCAAGCCUCCUGCGGGGCAAAUGCCCCGCUCGAGAUCCAACUCCAGAAUUUGAAGCGCGUUUUGGGUAUAGGCGUUUCAGAGGGAGCGGGCGCGAAGAAGGCUGCCCCCGUGGGUUUACCGGCUCGCUCGGCUCCAAGCCUCGUCGCGGCCCUGGCCGGGGAAGUCGCCGCCUCACCCGUCACUUUAGCACCUGCGCCUCCAGGCCCCACGUCCCCCGCGUCGGCGCCCGAGGCCUCGGCUUUUGCGGAGGGGGCCUCCGACGUCUCCGACAGUGCUGUGCCCGGACCCCGAGGCCCGGGGACUCGGCCGGCGUCCCCUGCAGACGCCGCGAGUUUGCUGCAUGGGGCGCUUCAGCCGGAAGGCGGAGAGGGCGAAGGGCGCCGAACGCGGGGAGCUUGCGGGUCGGGGCGACGGGACCGCACAGACAGCAGCAGCUACAGCGAGGACUCGCACUGUGAGGACGCGGGGACUUCGGCUGCGGGGUCUGGGUCCGGAGCCCCGAGCUCAGGCGGGGGAACACCACGCGCCGGGGGGCUCGAGGAAGACGAGUUGGUCCCCAUCGGGGCGUUGCCUACGGGCGUUUACUUCGACGUCGCGAGGCGGCUCUGGAGGUGCCAGUGGCGGGAGGACGGACGUCUGAAGAGCAGCGGAUUUUCUCUGAAGCACUACAAAACACUGGAAGCGGCGAGGGCCGCCUGCAUCCUGUACAAGUGCGCCAUGACCAACACCCGCGUCGACCCCGCGUGGAUGGUCCCCGAGUACAUCCCGCUAUCGAUGGCCAGCAAGCGGCUCGUCAAACAGAGACAUCAGGCCGCGGGGCUCCAUGCGGGUGCCGCCGAGAAGCCCCGGGCAUCCGACGAGGACCCUUGUGGACACGCUGGAGUCUCCCGCAGGCGCCGUCCAGCUGACGGCGCUGGCGGGGCGUCGCCCACCAGCCGAGGCCCGCUGACGCUGGACGACGAGGAUCUGGCCGAUCGCCGACUCAUGUCCCAGCGUAUGGGUGCGCCACAGACGCCCCGGAGUCUCCUUCCGGCGCUGGGGCUCCAAGGCCCAGUGAAUCCGGGACCAGAAGGAGACACCUCUCCCUGCGCGUCGGCUGCCGCGGGGCGGUUCGCCGGGGCGGGGUCUGUAGGCCUCGAGGCGAUGCUUGCCGCGGCCGAGCGACAUGUGCGGGCCGCGAGCCUGAAGGCAGGCGCGCUCCCGCAAAGCCCUCAGGACCCUCGCGCGUUGCUCAAGCUAUUGGAAGAGGCCUCUCGGCAAAACUGA